GGAGGCGCCGCGGCGGAUGGUCCGCGUUGUCCCGCCGCCCCCCGCCCGCCCCUCUCGGAGUCGGCGGCGUCGGCGGUGGCAGAUGGAGCGGGGGGGCCCGGGCUGGCGGGGCGGGAGGCCGCCGCCGCGGAGGUUACUGUUGGCGUUGCUGCUGUUGUUGAUGCCGGCGCUGCCGGGCUUGGGCCCCGCGGCAGCUGCUGCUGCUUCGGCCGCUGAGGAGACGGCGGCGGAGAAGGAAUGCGACAAGCCGUGCGCCAACGGCGGGCGGUGCCAACCGGCCAGCGGGCAGUGCGAGUGCCAGCCCGGCUGGGUGGGCGACCAGUGCCAGCACUGUGGGGGCCGCUUCAGGCUCACUGGGCCUUCAGGGUAUGUAACGGAUGGGCCUGGGAAUUACAAAUACAAAACAAAAUGCACCUGGCUCAUCGAAGGAAGGCCAAACACAAUCCUCAGGCUUCGAUUCAAUCACUUUGCCACAGAGUGCAGCUGGGACCACUUGUAUGUCUAUGAUGGAGAUUCGAUUUAUGCUCCCUUGCUGGCGGCUUUCAGUGGUCUUAUUGUUCCUGAGAAAGAUAGCAAUGAAACAGUGCCAGAGGUGGUAGCUACUUCUGGAUAUGCCCUUCUGCAUUUCUUCAGUGAUGCUGCCUAUAAUUUAACAGGGUUUAACAUCACAUACAAUUUCAAUAUGUGCCCCAAUAACUGCUCUGGCCGAGGAGAAUGCAAGCUCAACAGCAGCAGCAAUGCUCUGGAAUGUGAAUGUGCCAAAUACUGGAAGGGAGAAGCCUGUGACAUUCCCUACUGCGCUGGGGACUGCGGCGCACCUGAGAGAGGCCACUGCAGCCUCAACGAUACUAAGGCCUGUUCAUGCUCGGCGGGCUGGCAAGGUCCUGGCUGCUCAAUUCCUGUUCCUGCAAACCAGUCAUUUUGGACCCGGGAGGAAUACUCUCUUCCAAAACUUCCUAGAGCAUCUCACAAAGCUGUGAUCCAUGACCAUAAGAUGUGGAUUGUUGGAGGCUAUGUCUUCAAUCAUUCUGACUCUCAGAAAGUUUUGGCGUAUGAUCUGAUUUCUGAAGAGUGGCUUCCACUGAACAGCACUGUGAACCUGGUGGAGAUGAGGUACGGCCACUCGCUGGCCUUGCAUAAGGAUGACAUCUACAUGUAUGGCGGCAAGAUAGAUGCGACAGGGAACGUGAGCAGCCAGCUGUGGGUGUUCCACAUUCCCAGCCAGAGCUGGACGCAAGCCGCGCCGGUGGCCAAGGAGCAGUACGCUGUGGUGGGGCACUCGGCACAUAUCGUCACCCUGCGGGACAACAGCACUGUCAUGCUCGUCAUCUUUGGCCACUGCCCCCUCUAUGGCUACAUCAGCAACGUCCAGCAGUACAGCCUGGCCACAAACACAUGGAGCAUUCUGCAGACCAGCGGAGCUUUGGUGCAAGGAGGUUAUGGCCACAGUAGUGUUUAUGAUCCAAGUACAAGAUCAAUUUAUAUCCAUGGAGGUUACAAAGCCUUCAGUGCCAACAAGUACAGGCUGGCAGAUGACUUGUACAAAUAUGAAGUCGAUUCCCGCAUGUGGACAAUUCUCAAGGACAGCAGAUUCUUCCGCUACCUGCACACAGCGGUGAUCGUCAGUGGGACCAUGCUGGUGUUUGGAGGCAACACGCACAACGACACCUCCAUGAGCUACGGUGCCAAGUGCUUCUCUUCUGAUUUUAUGGCCUAUGAUAUUGCCUGUGAUCGUUGGUCUGUCCUUCCACGCCCUGGGCUCCAUCACGAUGUCAACAGGUUUGGACACUCUGCUGUGCUCUACAACAGCACUAUGUAUAUCUUUGGAGGCUUCAACAGCCUCCUCCUGAGCGACAUCCUGAAGUACACACCCAAAAGAUGUGAUGCUUUUGCCAAUGAGACUGCCUGCCUGCAAGCAGGCCCUGGAGUCAGGUGUGUGUGGGCUGCCUCCCCUCCUGGCUGCAUCCCCUGGGAGAAUGCGACACUAGAGCAGCAGCAAAAGAUCUUGGAGGACUGUCCUCCCAGGCCAGCUGUAGACAAUGAAAAAUGUGAUCAGAUUACAGACUGCUAUAGCUGUACUGCAAAUACCAACAGCUGCCAGUGGUGCACUGACCAGUGUGUCUCCGUGCACAACAACUGCACAGAGGAACAGGUUCCUAUUACUCUGUAUGAAAAUUGUCCAAAGGAUAACCCUGCCUAUUACUGUAACAAAAAGACGAGCUGUAAAAGCUGUGCCAUGGAUCAGAACUGUCAGUGGGAGCCCAGGAACCAGGAGUGCAUUGCUUUGCCAGAGAAUAUUUGUGGAACAAACUGGCACUUGGUUGGCAACUCCUGCUUGAAAAUUACGAAUGCCAAGGAAAACUAUGACCAUGCCAAGCUGUCCUGCAGAUCCAACGGGGCUUUGCUGGCGUCUCUCACCACUCAGAAGAAGGUGGAGUUUGUUCUAAAGGAGCUGCAGAAGAUGCAGUCUUUGCCCAAAACUCUGACUCCCUGGGUAGGACUGAGGAAAAUCAACGUGUCCUACUGGUGCUGGGAAGACAUGUCUCCCUUCACCAACACCCUUGUGCAGUGGCUCCCCGAAGAGCCCAGCGACGCUGGCUUCUGUGGCUACUUGGCGGCACCUUUCCAGCAGGGACUGAAGGCAGCCACCUGCAUCAACGAGGUCAACGGCAGCGUCUGCGAGAGGCCAGCCAACCACAGUGCCAAGCAGUGCCGGACUCCCUGCGCCCUGCGCAGCGUCUGCGGGGAGUGCACCAGCGGCAGCUCCGAGUGCAUGUGGUGCAGCAACAUGAAGCAGUGUGUGGACUCCAACGCUUACGUGGCCUCCUUCCCCUACGGGCAGUGCAUGGAGUGGUACACCAUGAGCAGCUGUCCACCUGAAAACUGCUCUGGCUACUGCACUUGUGCUCACUGCCUGGAGCAGCCUGGCUGUGGCUGGUGCACUGAUCCCAGCAACACGGGCAAGGGGAAGUGCAUUGAAGGCUCCUUCAGAGGCCCUGUCAAGAUGCCAGUGCCGUCUGCAAGCGGGAAGCACAGCUUGGAGCCCGUCCUCAAUGUCAGCAUGUGUCCUGUGGAGAGCAGCUAUAACUGGUCCUUUAUUCAGUGUCCAGCCUGCCAGUGUAAUGGGCACAGUAGGUGUGUAAAUGAGAGCGUCUGCGAGAAGUGUGAGAACCUGACCACUGGCAAGCACUGCGAGACCUGCAUCUCAGGCUACUAUGGUGACCCUACCAACGGGGGAACUUGUCAGCCUUGCAAGUGCAACGGCCACGCGUCUGUCUGCAACACAAAUACAGGGAAGUGUUUCUGCACCACCAAGGGAAUAAAAGGAGACGAAUGUCAGCUGUGUGAAGUUGAAAAUAGAUAUCAGGGAAAUCCACUUAAAGGAACGUGUUACUAUACUCUUCUCAUUGACUAUCAGUUCACCUUCAGCCUGUCUCAAGAGGAUGAUCGCUAUUACACAGCAAUCAACUUUGUAGCAACACCUGAGGAGCAAAACAGAGACCUGGACAUGUUUAUCAAUGCUUCUAAAAACUUCAAUCUCAACAUCACUUGGUCUACAAGUUUUGCAGCUGGCACGCAGGCUGGGGAGGAGGUUCCAGUUGUUUCCAGAACCAAUAUCAAAGAGUACAAGGACAGCUUCUCCAAUGAGAAAUUUGACUUCCGCAACAAUCCGAACAUCACUUUCUUCGUCUACGUCAGCAACUUCACCUGGCCAAUAAAGAUACAGAUUGCGUUCUCACAGCACAGCAACUUUAUGGACCUGGUACAGUUCUUUGUGACAUUUUUCAGUUGUUUCCUGUCUUUGCUCCUGGUGGCAGCUGUGGUUUGGAAGAUUAAACAAAGUUGCUGGGCAUCGCGCCGCAGAGAGCAACUGCUCCGUGAGAUGCAGCAGAUGGCAAGUCGCCCCUUCGCCUCCAUCAACGUUGCCUUAGAAACAGAUGAGGAGCCACCAGAUCUCAUCGGGGGAAGCAUAAAGACCGUACCAAAGCCGAUCGCGCUGGAGCCCUGCUUCGGCAACAAAGCCGCCGUGCUCUCCGUGUUCGUCAGGCUGCCUCGGGGGCUCGGGGGGAUACCACCGCCCGGACAGUCAGGUCUGGCGGUGGCCAGCGCCCUGGUGGACAUUUCACAGCAGAUGCCAAUUGCCUACAAAGAGAAAUCAGGCGCAGUACGGAACCGCAAACAGCAGCCCCCUGCACAGCCAGGAACCUGUAUUUGAUGCAUGGACAUCAGAAACUGUUUUAAAUAAAACGGAAAAGGAGAACCCGAGAGGAGGAAGAGGAGAAAAGAUUCCCAAGUUGUGUCGCAAGAGACUAGAAGCACUCAAAACCCCCCACAAAAAACACCACCACAACUUCCUUGCACCCAACUCUCAUCUGCGUGAUAGUUGGCUUGUUUGGCAGCUGCUGCCCCGAGCUGUGCUGACACCUGGCUUCAGAUGGCUCCUGCAGCCCGCAGGGUUGCAGUGAAGUGAUUCCAGUGCAGGCCAAAUCAGGUCUGGUGGGCUGCGUCUGACUGUCAGUGUAAAUACGACAACAAUCCCAGGGGAAGGAGACUCAGGUUUAGCCAUGGAAAGUGCUUUGUAGUUCCUGUAUCUAUCAAACUGUGCAAAAGCAAGCGAGCAGCGGCUGCAGCAGUCAGCUCCCAGCACACAAACGCUACUGCAGCAUCUCCGCCCUGUUCUCCUUCCAUGUCAGCUCUUUGUUCCUGCAGUCUCUGAGCAGAGCUCUCCUCCAGACAGAGCAGCUUUGGAGUCACCAUGGUCCAGAACAUCAGCAGUUGGGAAGGCUUAAAGGUUGUUACCUCACCUUGCUCAGACCACAUGCAAUACCUGGAGAAGCUGAAGGCUGCUUUUGAAGGACUCAGUGUUUACAUAGUCUUAACCUGCUUGGAGUACACCACACACAAGUGCCUAGACUUGAACAGAUCUAGGGAGGGAGGAGGCUGCUACACACACUGAUGUUUAACAUGAUUCUCUUCCCUUUAAACGUCUGUGUGCACACAGACAGAGCCACCCAGGGCAGGCUGGGUUCCUUGUGGUGUGCCACAUGCAGUUGGAGGAAAAUGUCAUUUUCCUGACCAACGAAUGACUCAGCCAGAGGGGAGUACCUGAGGGGAAAGCAGAGUGUCUUUGUCUCCUGCUUUCACCAGUGUUUCUGAUAGAAGCAGUUUGUGUUGCAGGUCAGACACAUGGUAUUUCUUCUGAUUUUCUCUGCCCAUUUGGCCUCUUUCCCUCCUCCUUCCCUCCUGCCAUUCCUCUCCAUGUGAGCUGUGCUAUGCUGGAGCUCAGAGCCAUCUCUCCUCAGCAGCACGAUUUGCUCCAUCUCCUUACAGGGUGUAAAAGGCAACACUCCAGGUGCCAGAUUAUUUGAGGAUGACUUUAAAAACAACUUCAAAUAAAAAGCAAGCCGAGCAGCUGCAUUUGGCCACGGGUUUGAGCUGCUAAUGUUUCCCAUUGGGAUUGAGCUCACAUAUGUUGAAGGUGGCUUGUUGGUGACAGAAGGGACUUGCAAACACCAAAGAGGAGACUCUGCUCUCAGGGGAUGUCUGACCACCUGACUCACUCUCACUAGCUGGGAUUGUGUUUGGAAGUUCAGAGUUGGGCUUGGCAUAUCAGUCUGUGCAUGCUGGUCCCCAGUGUCUCCCCCGACUCUGGAAUGUGGUGCGGUGCCAGGGCCACAGAAAGCUGUGAUCGUGAAGCUGGUAGGAACAUGUUAGGUGAGAGUGCCCAACGAGGCAUGCAAGCCUUGCUUAAUCACAGCUAGGAUGACUCCAUCCAGGUCACUGAGCUGCUGGCUUCUGUUGAGGACAUCUGAUACUUAGAAAAUGGAGACCUACAAAGCAAGGGGAGUGAAGGGAAAAGAGCUCUGGAGCUUUCUGGCCAGGUAGCACCAAAACAGAGCACAGAUAGCUGCAGCUGUGCGUGUGCUGCUUAGCUGCUCUGCCUGCUCUGGGGCUAAACCAUGCAGUCUGCAGGAGCUCUGUGCAGCACCACAAGAGAGACCUGAAGGGCUGUGUGUUUCCAGAGAGCAGUGGCGUGCAGACUGGGAUGGGGUUGAACUGUGAUUUAAUGUGCCAGUUUAAUUGUGAUUUAAUGUGUGUUACCUCAGGCAGCUUCAUCUCCUGGAAAUCUGUUCCAGCUUCCUGUGUGUGUAGAGCUGACCUGAACUAGAGAAAUAAUACUGGACUGAAAUCCCUCCCCUGUGCUUGCUUUACAUGUUCAUGGUCUCCACCCUUGUCUUCAGAAAUGUCUUCUUGCCUCUCCAACACUUCCUUGGGAGGAGAACUGCCAACCCAAGUGGAGAAAGCUCUUGGGCUGAAGUCUCCAUAUUCAGGACAGCACUUAACCAGGUGCUUGAAGUUGUUGCUUAGGUUUGCCUGAACAGAAGCAGCUUUCAGAGCAGCAGGCCUGCAGGGGUGAUAUAUUUUUACACUAACAAAAAGGCAGGAAUGUGAGGGUUUAGGGUUUUUACCUCCUCCCUGGCCCUGGAGAGCUGAGUUGUCUCAUCUCAAAUGUAGAGUGUGUCCGGAAUUGUAGCUAGAGAGUUCCAUGUCAGAAAGAAUAGAGUGGAAGAGUAAAUUAAAGAUGUUGGAAAGCUGAGCAAAAAUGAUCAAAUGUUGAGAUUUAGCAGAUCCAGGAGCUAAAGAGAGGGACAAGAGUCAUCCAUAUAAAAGAAAGAGCUCCUACAGGAUGUGGCUCUGCUCUGCAUUCUCUCCAUGCUGAUGAGGGAAAAAGAAUUCUCGUACAUUUCUCUGCUGCAAACACUUUCAUCCCAACUGGAAAGUAAAAUAGAGGCAAAGAUGGGAAUGGAUUGGGGGGGGGGAGGAAGAAUCUCUGGUGGUUAUCACCGAGUCGGUAUCUGCAGUGAAGGAUUCAUGGGUUUCUUUCUUUGGGAGAUGAUAGGACAGGGGAAGAGUGACCUUAUUGGGUGGAGGAUCUGUACAUAAAUGACAGCACACCAGUUUUGCACUUGUACAUAAACUAUACAGCAGCGUGCAGAGGGUGGGAAGAUUUCCAGUGUAUAUAAACCAGAAAAAUAUUGAAUGUAUUUUUGAUGCAUUUUCAGUGAUGUAUGAGUUUUGUCUUAAUAACUUCUUCAUACAAUGAGUAUUAGUUUUUUUUUCCAGAGCUUUAAAGAAGCAUCAGAAGGUCUUGGGUGAUCUCUGGCAGGAUAAGGCAGAGAGGCAUAUCCUAACUUAAUUCAAAUGCAUUUCACUGAGCUGGGUAAGCCAAGGGAUAUGUGGCUCUUCCAUUUCAAGGGGGGAAGAAAACCCAACACUUGGGUAACAAAUGUAUUCAAAGUAGUCAUUACCUGGAGGAUUAGGUCAGCAGUUGAAGCCUCUACCCUUAAGUCUGUGCCAGUGAUUUCCAUUCAGAAUCACUGUUCCCAAGUGUUUGUAGCUAGCUGCAGCUCAGCAUUCCAAGGUUUCAGCCCUCGGAGCAUUUUUAGCCUUUGAGAGUAGCCUUUUGAGAAAAUGGUCUGAAAACUCAGCAGUGUUACAGCCCUUUUGUUCUGGGAAGCAGCAGUGCCCCUGGGGCUCCAGUAACAGCCUCCUUUCUGCUUCACCACUUCUCCAGUCUCUUUAGCCCAGGUUUUCCCUUUGACUGUUGUAGUGUGGGUGACAGGAGACCCUGCCCCAGCAUGGGUCAAGAUGGUUUGUGGGACACAACUUCCUUGGGUUUUGAAAUGCACUGUACUGAAAUUGCCAAAAUAAAGCUGUGCACGAUGGGGUAAUGCUUGUGACUGAAUCAGAGACUGGCUUGGGUUGGAAAGGACCUUGAAAGUCAUCCAGUCCAACCUUCUGCAGCCAUCAAGGACAUCUGCAGCCAGAGCAGGUUGCUCACAGCCCCAAACAACCUGACCUGGAAUGGAUCCAGGGAUGGGACAUCUGCCUCCUCUCUGGGCAACCUGGACCAGGGUCUCACCACCCUCAGGAAGAGAUUUUUUCCCUCUCUCUCUAGUCUGAUCUCCCUUUUUCAGUUGAAGCCACCAGCCCUUGUCCUGUGACAUAAAGGCACAGCAUACAACACACCAAGCUGUGCUGGCAUGGUGCCAGCAUGGCCUGGCUGUCCCUGUUGUGGCAGUUUAUGAAGUAAAUACUUGUCAGAAACAUCCUUCUCUCUGCAGUCAGCAUUUGCCAAAAGGCAGUCACAGGGGUUGCUGCAUGGCUUUUAAAAGGCAGCUCAGCUCGCCGGGGCCUCUUCGAGCUGAGCUAUAGAUGAAACCUCCUCAGUCAAGAGGCUGAAAUCAAACUUCUGCCUUUCCCCUAGCCCACUGGAACGCCAGUGCCACAACGAUGAGGCUGCUUCUCCACCCUGAACCACUCCUGGUGGCAGCAGCUUCGGCCUUGCAUUAGGGGCAGAGCACAGCUGCAUCUGUGGCCUUGGCAAAGCCUUUUCCCUGCGAGCAGAGCUUUGCCUGCCUGCAGGACGACAAAGCAGGACCCUCGGUACCAGGAGUGCCUGCAGCACCUCGCGGGAAGCUGCAGCUGUCUUUGCUCUUCCAGCUUCGUUUGGGAAUACCAUAUGGGAAGGGGGGGUUGGGUUUUUGGAGCCUGCUGAGCUAAGCUGCAAGAGCAGGUUGGGAGAAGGAGCUGUGCAUGCUCCACCUGGAAGACACAGGAGGAAAGGGAAGGGAGGGCUCGGGGUGUGUCUGUGUCUUCUUGCUGUGCGUGGGGCUGCUAAUGUCAGCUGCAUUCAUGCUGCUUCUGUUGGUAGCUGCUUCCAUGAGAGCUGUCCGUGCCGGCAGUGCCCCGGUGGGGGGAUGUGCUGGGUCCCUGCUGCGGCGGCAGGGCAGGUUGUGUGCAGGUUCUCUCUCAACACUACCUAGACCCUUUUGGCUCAUCUCCCAACUACUGGAGCUCUUUAGACAUUUCCUCUCCAUUUAUCUUUGACUCCACCAACCUCAACCGGAAGGGAAGGAAAAAAACCAAACCAAACCCAAACCCCCAGGAUUGUGGAGGAGCCUGCCCAAUGUCAGUCCAUUAUUGGGGUCUGUUAAAAAAAAAAGCAAAGCAAAAAGCAAACAAUGGAGUUUUCUAUGACUCUGAAAUUUGUGCACAAUAAAUGUUCUUUAAGAUCCUUGGAUUAAUUCUAGUCUGGAUUCUUUUUCUUUUCGUUGGUGUUGUUGUUGUUCUUUGUCCUGUAAUUAUUUCCUCUCCCUACCUGUGUUUGGACCUGAGCUUAGUUUGUUAAUAUGUAUAAUUGAGCGUUUCUUGCAUCCAUCUGUAAAUAGGAGCGAGUGCUGUAAGCUAUUUCAGUGCCGGGGAGGGCUGGGGGUGGCCUCCCCGCAGGCGUUCAGGACGGCAGGGUCGGGGUCGUUCUUUUGUAUUGUACAAUAACAGCUCCUUUGCAGCCGGCAGGAGGAAUUCUUGGGGGGCCUGUGCAUUUUAAAUACAAAUGUGAAGUACAUGUAUAUAAACACCAGUAAACAAUGCAAACCUUUCCUCUGAAAUAAAAAGUAGCUGAUCUGGUUAAA